AUGAUUCCGAAGGUCGUAUCACCCCGCUUCGGCCAGAAACAGUUCGAGAAGCAAGAAAGGAAGCCAAAGGUUCUCGCCGCUUUUGCGAAGGCUGUUAAGUUCUCCGUCUACGCCACCGCUACAGCGCUGGAGACAUCGUCUUGGCAUAUCGUUCGUCCGGAAAAUGGGGACAUGGCGGGAACGAGAUACUUGAUCAGUCGUAGAACCAGCUGCGGUUUGGAUGCGGGAUGA